UGUAGAUGCCCUGCAGAGAAGUUAUAGGGUACUUUUUGGAAAAAAAUAAGCUAAAAUUAGAGGCCCAAUGUGACUUAACAAUGAAACAUUUGUCAUGUUUUUGGACAAAAAAAAUAUACAUUUUACCGUCAAGUUUUCUUGGAAGAAAAUGGUUUAUGCUUCCUGAUAAUGUUUGAAAUAACGAAGUAGAACAUUCCCUCGAUGAAACCACCCAUUUUCUGAUAUGAAAGUGAAAGCUUUCUAGGGUAAAGUUUAAUAGUUGAGACUCUCCUGUUGAAGCUAAAGAUAUAAUGCAGCUGAUUAAGUGUCUGAUGAAUGUUUCUGUGCAUUUCCGCUCUUGGACAUCUUCAGGGGCUCGUGGCUCAAGCUCCAUUUGUAGGGAUUUAUCUGUUUAAUAAGUGGGAAUGUUGUGUUGUGUGCGGCCCACUGGGCCACAUAAUCACGCUCAGGCUUCGCUAAUACCCUCAUUCUUGUCCUAAAUGGCCGCGCUUCCACCUUCACCCUGUCCCUUGUCCCCACUCAAACAUCUCCUGAGGUUUUACAUGCGGCGCAUAUAAGACGGCGCCGGCUCGCAGCAUCCAUUAAAGUUAGCAACGCCCGGCACCACGCAACCUGAGAAAAAUGGACACGGCUGCAGCGGUGACCCUUUUGGCGGUGUUCCUGGCACUGGCAGGCGGCGUCAGCCACGGUCUCCACCUCCAAGAGGCUCUGGACCACAGCGACAUGACGGCGGGCAGCACAGACGAAAACUUAGACGACUACCCCCUGCAUCUGCAGAGCUUUAAAGCAGACAACAGAAUGAACGACCGCUUGCUGACAUCGCUGCUCAAAGCCCUGCUGCUGGGAUCCCAGAGACAAGCCAGGAACUCCGUCCUCCAUCAGCCACAGAGGUUUGGUCGCUCCGCCAGAGGGCCGCUGCUUCUGGAAGAUCAGAUGAAUUCUCCCGAUUGGGAGGCGGCCCCCGGCCAGAUCUGGAGCAUGGCUGUGCCCCAGAGAUUUGGCAAGAAAUAGCGUGUAAAGUAUAAAGCCUCUAAAGAUCCUAUCAGUGCAGAAACAGUGCGGUGGUGAUACAAAUGUACAAUUGUCAUUGAACUCAACACCACAACAAAACAUCCAGCAAUUCUACUGAAAACCAAAAGCUAUCAAAGUUUUUUUUUUUCUCUCUUCUGGUUAAAUA